AUGAAAGCGACGUCUUUUUCUAUACACGGGUUCAUACUACCGAACAAAACAGUGUGUAAAGAUUAUGGUGAAAUGUGUAUGAUAGCGGCGAACUAUUACGAGGAAUUUUUCUUCGAACCGCGGAACAUUCAUUAUCCACAUCCGUAUACGGACCGGCCGGAUAUGGAAGCCGCUAUCUUCCACGAAAAAAUACUGCAAGUAACGACAGAGAAAGUGCUGGAUGUAGUUUUAUUCAAGAAAAAGAAAAAAUCCGUCGAUGCACAUGCGCUAUCUAAUUAUAUGUUCAACUUCCUACCAUCACCAUAUUGGUCCUUAAUAACAAACAUCUUCAAUUAUUCAUUCCGAAGCGCUUACUUUCCAGCACUAUGGAAGGAUACACCAAUACUGCUACUUGAAAAAAAAGAACACAUCUGCGAACCUAGUGCUACUAGGCCAAUCUCUUUAUUGGAUGUAUUCUUAAAGACAAUUGAGACACUGUAUCAAGAUAGGCUCAAAGACCUACUUAAUCGGCAUGGGCUGCUACCAAACUCUCAACCUGGAUUCCGUGAGGGCUUUCGUCUGCAAACAAGAGUUCUCCUUUUCUUCGAUCAAGUCGCCAAUCUAAUGGCAAAUAGUUCUCCAGUAGCAACAAUUUUCGUUGAUUUUAAGGCAGCCUUCGACCAACUGUGGUUUGAAGGCUGCAUUGUUAAACUAAAAAGUAUGGUAUUCCAAACGACUACUUGUCAUGGAUCUACUCGUGGCUUUCUGGACGCAGAGCCUACAUAUAAAUUGCAGGUAAGAAAUCAAGAUGGUUCAAAAUACCAAAGGGAUGUCCUAAAGGCUCGAUUUUUUCCCCUACGCUAUUUAACACGUACCACUCUGAUAUGGGUGAUUUCUUGGGCGGAUGCCUCAGCCACUUUUUCGCCGACGACUUGA